CGUGUAAUUUAACAAUGGCGCCAAAGAAGAAAGCAAGAAAAGGAGUUGAAAUGGCUCCCAUUCAGGACAAGAACGAGAGCAUCAAGAAGUGCGUUAUUUGUUUAGACGUUGUUACAGUGAGGGGUAAGAUACCGGUCUGUGACCAUCAGUUCUGUUACACCUGUAUACAUGAAUGGAGCAAGACUACAAAUACGUGUCCUUUGUGUAAAAAAAGAUUCCGCUGUAUCACAAAAAUAAGUGAGGCUAGUCCUCCUCAUCUCAUACGAAUAUCAGACAAAGAUCAAACUGAGCAUUAUCACGAAGAAGGAGAUGAUUUUAACGCUUUUAAUUUCUCCGACGACAGUGAAUAUGACGAACCAAACGAUAGUCUAGCCGACUUUAUUGUGAACGAUUCUUCAUAUGAUGAGGAGGAUCAAAGUAUCUUAUCUUCUUUCGCCUCUCCCCCAACCGUUAGAAGAGGUUGGCAGCAGAGAAUAAACUUCAGGAUAACCAGCACUGUCAACACAAGAGCUAGAAGGAACCAAACCCACGGUCUUCCAUCCAUAGAAGUACUUUUCUCUCCUCCUGUGACUCGGAACAGAUCACGAGAGACUCAACUUCUCUUGGAUUUUGAAACUAUAUCUUCUUCGUCUCCUCUCCCUUCUUCCAGCAGGGAGCAAGAUUCCCUCUUCUCUCCUAUUGUGACCAGAGGCCAUUCCAGAACCAAUAAUCGUGUUUUAUCGAGUUCCCCCUCACCUCAUGAUGAUAGUUCUCCAAACUCCACUGAGUCGGAAUCAAAUUUUGUUAAUUCUUCUAAUUCUAAUAGUAGCAUAGCACAUGUAUCUUCUUCUCCAGAUAGACCUUCAAGGAGUCAUUUAAGUAUCACUUCUGAUGCUACUAACUCAGACAAUACAGACACUGACCUUCCAUUAAGCAAUCCAUCUUCAUCUUUGAGCAGAAAUGCUGCAAUUAGGCUGCCAUUGGGACGACUCAGACCUCUCCGUCCUGUCAUUGAAAGAAUAAAAUUGAGAGAGUCUGAUAAUGGAACUAGAUUGACCGAGUCAUCUUCUGGUGUUGUCUCUCUAUCAGUAGGUACAAGUACGCCAUCUUCUCCUUGUUCAUUGACUCAUUCUUCAGUGAAUGUCAUUGAAGAGUCGCCAGUAGAGACUGAGGGAGAGAGAGAGGAGGAGGAGAGAGUCACAAGUGAUGAAGAUACAACUCAGCCAUUAUCAACUCCUAAUUCUUCUCAAGAAGUCAAUACUCACCAGCACUCUAGCAAGAGAAGAUCCACUCAUAGCAUCUUACCUUUGUGUCCAUUAGCUUCUAAUAGCUUGUCUCUGUCACCAAUAAACUCGGAGCCUUUUAUCAUAAAGAGGAGAGCAAAGUCACGUAUUAUCAAUGAUUCUACAUCAGACGAUGAGGCCAUUGAAGAACUACCAAAUAGAAAGAGGACAAGAAGACAAGUUAAAUCUUCCCCUCCAAAGUGGUUGUCAUCACGGAAACAGAGAGGUGCGAUUGAUGGUAAUAUAAGGAGGACCAGGAGGCGUGGCAAUAGGAGAAGGACGCAGGCUAGUGAUAGCGGAACUGAUUAUAAUCCUUUUGAUUUUUAACGGAAGAAUUCAUUAUUGGAAGAAUAAUAAUUAUUAUUUAAAAUUUAAACUGUUUAUUUUAUGAUUCUCUUUGUGUUGUAUUGUGCGAUUAAUGAUUCAAGCCAAAAA